GUACAAGGCUGGCAUGUUAGGAUCAGUCAAGCAAACUUUGAAUUUCAGAGUUUAAACGGCUUUAGAUAGCCUAGCCUGAAAGAGAUGACUGGUUUGACAAGUCCCCAUUUCCCUACUCAACUGGAUUGGUAACAUAACAAGGGAAUCUUUGUGGCGUCUGAAUAUAACCAGUCAGCUCAUUCCGGCUGAGAUCUUGUAAAAGCAGCUGUGACAAGGCCAAGGCAAUCUGUUCUGAAAGCGUCAAAAGCAGUAAAUGGGCUCUAUCAAGAAGAAGUUGGUGAUCGUUGGGGACGGUGCUUGUGGGAAGACAUGUCUGCUCACGGUUUUCACCAAAGACCUCUUCCCUGACGUCUAUGUGCCUACUGUAUUUGAGAACUAUGUGGCAGACAUUGAAGUGGAUCAGAAAGAGAUACAGUUGGCACUUUGGGACACAGCAGGUCAGGAAGACUAUGACCGACUGAGGCCGCUUUCCUAUCCAGACACUGAUGUAAUCCUUCUGUGCUUCUCUGUGGUCAGCCGGGACAGUUUAGUAAAUGUUAAAGAAAAGUGGACUCCUGAAGCGAAACACUUCUGUCCUCAUGUUCCCAUAGUCCUGGUGGGGAACAAAACGGAUCUUCGCGACGAUGAGAGUGUCAGAAAAAUGCUUGCCAAACAAAACGAGGAGCCAAUUAAAUAUGAAGAGGGCAAAGACAUGUCUACACAAAUUGCCGCCUACAGCUACCAGGAGUGUUCUGCUAAAAACAAUGAUGGCGUGAGGCAAGUCUUUGACACUGCAGCUAAGGCAGCGUUGACGUACAAGAGACAUCAGAAGAAGAGUCACUGUGCGCUUUUAUGAACUCUGGUGAAAAGUAGCGCUAUUUUGAAGCUCUCAUGAUGGGCAGAUCCUAAAUCUUUAGAACUUAAAGGGAGGAAUUUAAAGCCAAAACGUUUCAAACCAAGGCUGAUUUGUACAUCACGAAGAACAAAGACAAAAACAGCUACGCUACAGAAAAACUGUAAUGAAAGUCUUGACCUUGUACAAAAUCAAUUUGUAAUUUGGUUUAAAAAUAAUAAUUGCUAAUAGUAACAUAAACCUUUCUUGACACCAUAACACCACAAUUUUAAAUGCCAAGACAUUUUUGUACCACACUGUGAAAUUCAUUAACCAGGGGAUCAAUUCACUGAGUCUAAUAUAUACUGUAUUGUCUUCACAAGGCAUUGUAUAUUUUUAGUCUCCCUUUAAAGCCAUCAUAUCUCCAUUAUACUGUCCUGUAUACCUAUGAUCUUUUCAGCCAUAUUUUAACUUUAUAACUCAAUUAUCAUGAGAUUCUGAAUAUAGAAAAUAAACUAAUAUUCUGUUACUGGUGAAAUAUUUCUUGUUAGUUACAAGUUUUGGUUGUGGUAUCUUCCUUUUAAUGAUUUUUUUUGUGAGUACUUUUUGUUGCAUUCAGUUAUCAUUUACUGCAACAAUUUGAUGUUUAUUUUAAUACCUCUCAUAAAACUUCUUGCAUGCUUUCAUAUUCGGUCAAACGUUUUACGAAAUAGCCUAGGAUCAUAUCCAAUUUCAGAUUUACUUGCCAUAUUGUCAAGAGAUUACACUGUCAUAAAAUUUGUAAAACACAGUGGUCUUUUUCUUUAAUGUAAGGAUAUUGUGUUGUUCAAAUACUCUAUUGAACAGCAGCUUCAACAGAAACUGUAAUAUAAGAAUAUGUAUUGUACUUACAGGGAAAUGCAAGCAGUAAUGCAUGUUAUAAUGUUUUUGUAAAGGUAUUUCAUUCAAUGAAGUGAAUGAAAAAGAAAUAAGGCAGACUGUACUGGAUGUCCGGAUCUGAUUCUUUUUUUGCUAAGAAAAAAAACAAAAAUGAGGAGGUAUCAGAUUUUAGUGGAUAUAUUAUCAAAGUGGUUUUUUUGGAGGACGGUAAAGAUUGCACUGUUGCCUGACAGCAAGGAGGUCCUGGGUUUGAUUCCUGGCUAUGUCUCUGAGUUCUGGGUUGGAAUCUUAGCCACAAAGAAAGAGCCCUGUACAAAUCUGCCUGCAAAGAGAAUGGAUUAUCUCCAGAACUCCGUAGCAUUCAAUAGUCCAAAAAUGUGAGUGCUAAGUUAACUGUUUUCUCUGAAAUGCCCUUAACCCUCUGAUGCAUGACAUAUUGACUAUACAGUCUUCCAUGAGUGGGUCUUUUUGGACCCGUGUUUAAAUCAAUGUGUUUUUUUAUGCUACUUUUGUCAUUUUGAUUAAAAACAAUGUUUAGUA